UACCUUAAACUAUGUCAGUGUUGACAUUAUUGGUGACAUUUUCUGAUAUUUAGAUCAUUUCUGAUUCUCAUUGUGUGUACAUUCAACAUGUAGUUAUGCAAUGUUGUUAAUGCAGAGUCUGUCCUCGCACUCACUCACGCGCUGGGACAUCGCAGGCUCACAGUGCAACAUUACUGUACAAGUCCAGCGCUCAGUGGGAGGAGCGUGUUCAGUGGGACGCGCGUGUCGAUGCAGCAGGACCGUCCAAACCUCCGGGUCCACCUCCUCCAGCAGCAGCAGCAGUCCCGUCCAAACCUCCGGGUCCACCUCCUCCUCCAGCAGCAGCAGUCCCGUCCAAACCUCCGGAUCCAGCUCCAGCAGGAGGACGGUCCAAAACCUCCGUGUCCAAAACUGCGGGUCCACCUCCUGCAGCAGUCCCGUGAUCUUACCUGCGCUCUCACUUCAAACAGAACCACGCUUGGAUUUAAUUUGAUGUAAAAAAAAAUAAAAGAGUCCAAAUCCAUGUAAUAUGACCAAAGCCACUUGGGAACCGAGCGCCGGUGCGGCAUAGGACAAAAGAGGAUCUGACAGGAACACAAUGCAUCUCAAAGCGCUGGUCUUAAUUCUGCUCGUGACAGGCAUCGCCAAAGGUUGGGAAUGCAGUUCACGCUGCAGCACAGAAAAUGGGUUUUGUGAGAAGCCGGGGAAGUGCAGGUGCAAACCAGGAUGGCAAGGAGAUAACUGUGACCAGUGUCUACCCUUCCCUGGCUGUCUGCACGGCACAUGUGAGAAGGCAUGGCAGUGUGUCUGCGCAGAGGGCUGGGUGGGAAGCCUGUGUGACCAAGAAAUCCGCCAGUGCUCUUCCAGGCCUUGUGCUGUUAAUGCCACCUGCAUAGAGACAGGAGAGGGGGGAUACCUGUGCAUCUGUCCCCAUGGCUACGCUGGAGAAAACUGCCACCUGAAGAAAGGAGCCUGCCACACAAACGGCUCUCAUUGUCAGAAUGGUGGAACGUGUACAGAUGCCAGCGGAUCAGCAGCUUACACUUCCUGUUUGUGUCCCCCCGGCUUUUCUGGAGACUUUUGUGAGCUCAGCGUCGACAGCUGCCAGCCGAACCCGUGCCUCAAUGGUGGCAACUGUACAAACCACGGUCUGGCCUUUGCGUGCGCGUGUGCACGUGGCUUCACCGGAUUUACUUGUAACAACACCACCGGCCUCUCGCCCUGUGCCGGCCAGCCCUGCGCCAACGGCAGCACUUGCGUCGGUCAGCCCGAUGGAGCGUUCCGGUGUGUUUGCCAGAAGUGGUUUACAGGUCCCACGUGUUCCCUGCACCACAGGCCCAGGAGCAGGCCAAAGCCAGGCGGCGCCAGGCCCGCGGACCACCGGGUGUUUGCGCUGACACCGCAGCAUUACUCGCUCCCCGCUCACGCCUUCCACAGGCUGCUCCGACCGCCCGACAGAGACCUGCUGAAGAUCACGCUGAAGGAGACCGUCCACUCCUCCGGAGUCCUUGUCACUCAGGGUCAGCUCAUCUGCUUUGGCAUACUGGCCCUGCUCACCUGCAUGGUCAUCCUGGGCACCACGGGCAUUGUGUUUUUUGGCCGCUGUGAGACGUGGUUGGCUAAUGCCAAGUACAGCCAGCUGGUCAGGCAGCAAAGGGAGCACCUGCUGAGAGAAGCUGGAGGCGCUCACCAGGAAGAGCCGGAACACUCUGUAAACAUCAUUCUGCCAGAGAAGAUUAGACUCACCAGCUUUGGGAGGCACUACACCUCCAUUUGAUGAUUAGAUCGCAUCUUCCUCUUCCUCGUUUCCCUCUGGAGAAGUCCAAUAUGAAUGUCUAAUAAUAGCAACAAAGAAACCACUGCCGCCUGACUGCAGCCGUACCGUCGUGUUUAUAACGUGAGAGACUGUGGACCUUGGAAUGAUUGGAAUCACUGAAUGUAAAGUCAAAGACGACACUGGAUUGUAAAUGUAUUUCUAAAUCUAAAAAUCUUAUAAUGUUAUAAAAAAAAAAAAACAUCAAUCGCUCUCAAUUUGGCAACAACAAUGAUGUAAAUAUUAUAAAAAAGAUAAUAGUUUGAAGCACUUUUGAACGGGUCAAUGCUACAUUUACAUUUUGUAAUUAUUAUAAGUGUUAUGAUUUCGUAUUUUUGAGCCAGAAUAUACAGUAUAUAUAUAUAUAUAUUAUAUCCCAUCAUAGGCUGUGGAUGUCAUUUAACCUUUUGUUACACUUUUGUGAUAUUUCAUAUAGAAAGUGAUCACUUUUUUAAAUCCAAGUUAACUGAAGGCGCAGACGUCCACACGCAACAUACUGUGAACUGUUCAUUUCAAUACUAGUAACAGAAAUGUGUGAAGUGAGCCUGUGAAGUCACCGUAGAGUGUUAUGUAAUAAAAUUGGACUGUGUUUUACCUAAACAGUUGUAUUUUUAAACCUUUCAGAUCAUAACUCAUGACAGAAAGUCCUUUGCAAGGAUGUCCAUCAGUAUUCCACAAGGUGACUUUCUAUCUUUAUUUGUCAGGAUAUUUAAAAUCUCAUCUUCACCGAACAAAAAAUCAUGGAUAACAAUUAGUAAUUCUAUUUUAGCAUUAAAAAUAUAAUUUUACUGGUGUGUUGACAUGACAGCAACAUACAAAAUGAUUUCAUGCUGUUAAUUUAGGGCCGCUGCGGCAUAAACCUUACAUUGGGUGGUGGCCUAAGAUGUUUGUUAAUCACCGUGAAUGAUACCAACAUCUGCUCUCUCCUCCCUCAGGAAAUCCCCCAACAGAAGCAGCUCACUGAUUACUAACUGAAGGAGAACUGUUCACUUCCACUGUCUUCACCUAUAACCUAACAGUCUGUGUCGCCUCCUUGUGGCGGCAGAUAUUUAUGCCCAGCAGCAAGAAACGGAGGCUGAGGGACCGUUCGUUUGUAAGCGACUGAA